AAUCUAUGUGUAACCAGUGUCUUAUAACACGGGCUCAGCAGAAUACCAAGAAUUGAAUUCAUUUGGACUUGGACCUUGUGUUUUAGACAACUGCGUCGUAACAUAUGGAUACAGAUUCUGUAUACGGAUUGGAACAAGAGCAAGAUAUACACUAUGAUUCAAGUAUACAUCCAUCUUCUCGUCAUCAUGACGAGUGCGGUGCUAUCGUCAUGCUACUGCCCCGAUGAACUGAUCCACGGUAUUGGUCCGUGCUCCUUCCGCAUCCACUGCACCGGUGACAUCCGAGGAGUUCGCCUCCCCAUCGAGUGCACCGAAGCUACCAACUUCCCCGUCAACGUUGAAGUCACCAUCACUGACGCCGUCGACAGUUUCGACGAAACCACAGACUUAGAAUUCCUCAAUACAAUCACCAGCCUCAAAAUGACAGGACAAUGGCAACACGCUAAACUAACCCUGCUCUCCUACACUACCAAACUACAAAACUUAGUACUCGUCAACAACUGCAUCCAGAACAUAUCAGGUGGACCCUUCUAUUACUUAAACAGUCUCAUUACUCUUAAUCUGUCACACAAUAGGUUAACUGACAUUUCUGAACUCUUCCAAUUCGAAAAUCAACCAAAUAAACUUAAAGUACUCUCACUUGCAUACAAUGCUAUCGAGAUGUUACCAGGUGACGCUUUCGGUGAACUAUCCUCUUUGGUAGAACUUGAUCUGUCAUUUAAUGCUAUUUCUGAUUUAACUGAGGAGCCAUUUUUCAAUCUUACUAAACUAGAAAAGUUAAGAUUGAAUAAUAACAGAAUCAAGGAUUUGAAUGGUGCUGUAAACAGUUUACAAAACUUGAAACAUCUGUAUUUGAGAGGCAAUUCUAUACAACGCAUAAAUGAAGAGUCACUCAUGAUUAUUAAACACUUAGAAACCUUUGAUAUUUCAUGGAACCAGUUGGAACAAAUUGAGCCGAUCAUGUUCUCAAGGCACUGGAACCAUUUCGGUAACCAUUCCUUUUGUAAAAUCAUUCUCACUGGUAAUCACAUUACUAAUUUACCAAACGCAACUUCCAAUGAGAUUUUUUCUAGAUUUGCCAGGAAUUUAGAAAAAAAUAUGAAUAUAAACAUAGUUACUGAACUAGAUUUAUCAUCGAAUGUGAUUUCAAACAUUGAAUACAACGCAUUCCAAUCCUUGAUGCGACUCGUUACUCUUGACUUAUCUAAAAACAAGCUCAUUGACUUUAGAGUCGACGCCAAUGAUCUCGCUGACAUCAAAUGCUUGAACCUGAGUGGUAACUACAUUUCCCAUUUGUAUUACGAAAGUUUCGUAUACAUGACAAACUUGCAGAACCUUGAUUUGUCUCACAACAACAUUAACUAUAUACCCGAUAUGACUUUCAACAACAAUUACAAUUUGAAAUAUGUUAACAUGACUUUCAACGAAAUUGCUAAACUUGAUAAUAUUUACAUAAGAAUGUUCCACCCGGAAGGUGGUAGCUUAGACCUUUCCAAUAACGGAUUGUUCAAGCUUCAUAUACCACACGGGGAAGGCAUAAGACUAGAGAAACUAAUAUUACGGUCAAAUAUUAUAUCAGAUCCAACACUAGUAGACCUUAGCCAUCAAACAGAACUGAAACAACUUGACAUGAGCGUCAAUCAAAUUGAAGAUCUGAACUCGACAUCACUCUUGCUACCCGAGUCGACCCUUAUGUAUCUAGACUUGACUUGCAACAAAAUACAAAGCAUAGGUCCGGCGACUUUCAAAAGAGUGCCCCAUUUGAAAACGCUUCGGCUGGGCAACAAUCAGUUGACGAAGUUAGAGUACGGAGCAUUCCAAGGUCUAACUGAUCUCUCGAACCUGGAUUUAUCCUACAACAGGAUUACUUAUUUAGAUUCAAAGUAUUUAUUGGACUUGAAGUAUCUACACGUGUUGUCUUUGAGAUCGAAUGACAUGAUUUUUUUGGACAUGAACAGUUGGUACGGGCACAAGGUUGAUUUGACGUUGUAUGUUGACAAUAACAACCUGACUUGCGAGUGGUUGGGACGGGCUUUGAAAGAUUACAACAACGGGUACACUAGAGUAAGACCUACAGCGUUGGUUGGUGGCAAAGGCAAGAAUACUUUAGAAGGUAUCCCCUGUAUAGCUGACGAGUCUGAGAGAUUAACCGGUGCUUCUCAAAACGUACUGGCUGACGAGCGUUUGUUGGUAACCAGUCAAAAGAUUCUAGAAGAGGUGCGGCAACAAAAUUAUUACUUUAGGAAGUUUUUUCAGCAACAAAUGGAAAAAUCGAAAGUUUUUCUCGCAUUUAGUCGCCAGUGUAACAAGAGAACGGACAUAGGAGUCAUUUAUAUAAACAGUUGUUAUUUUUAUGUUAAGAAAAAUAUUUUAUCUCUGUAUGACAUCAUAAUGGAGUAUCGAAUAUUUUUUUGCCUCAUCAUCGCGAACUUAAUAGCGACGUCACAGCAAUGCACUCAAGAGCUCGACUCUCAAGAAUGCCGCUACAUCCUACACUGCAUGGACUACUUGACUGACAAUUUCGGCUGGAACUACUAUCGACGCAAUUACCAUAGUAUGCCUGGAAUCGAUACCGCCGAAUGCCCCAGUUACGAAAGCAUAAACUACGCAGGAUAUCAAAUGUACCCCGUACAUGUUGUUAUACAGUCAGCACAGCACAAUCUUGGCUCACUUCCUUUAACCAGAAGAAGUGGCGACGAGCUACUACAUAUCGUAUACUCUUUAGAUUUAAGCAACAACAAUUAUCAACAUACUCCAGUCCUCAAAAGUAUGGAAAACCUUGCCGUUCUCAACAUGUCGCGGAACCAUUUAAAAACAGCUGUUUUGUCCAACAUGAACGUCUUAAGUAAGUUACGUGAAAUAGAUUUUUCGUACAACAGGAUAAGUGAUAUCAAAGUCGAGGCUUUCACGCAUCCUUACAAUAUGUUAAAAAAACUCAAUAUGUCACAUAAUUACUUGGUUAAGAUUCCCGAUGCUGUUUUUGAUAAAAUUGAUGAUCUGCAAACGUUAGAUUUGUCGCACAACUACAUUGAAGGUCUGAGUCCGUUUACCUUCGAAGGCAGCAGGAGUCUGUUACAUCUCAAUUUGUCCAACAACAGAUUAACAGACAUCAAUUCCUCACUCUUCAGAUUCAGUGAGCUAAAAGUUCUAAGCCUCAGUGGCAACAGAAUAAAAGAUCUAAAAGAAAGCGACUUUGAAAAGUUAAACAAACUUGAGAUUCUUGAUUUGAGUUCAAACUCUAUCAAAACAAUAGGUUUUAAUGUGUUCCAAAAUAUGGUUCUGUUGUACAGUUUAGAUUUAAGCCAUAAUGAGUUAGAAGUUGCGAACAAAGAUGCGUUUGCUAAUUUGAGAUCUUUAAGUAUUAUCAAUCUCUCGACGAAUAAACUGAAGUCUCUGCCUAAAGACUUGUUCAAAAAUAAAACAAUCAAGGAGUUUUCAGUUAGUGAAAAUAUAUUAGAAGGUUCGCUAUCAAGGGGCAUGUUUGAAGGUAUCGACGUAACCACAUUGGAUUUAAGUUUUCAAUUAUUGACGGCAAUAGAAGAUUACGCUUUCAAAGGUCUUGUAAAACUUGAAUCUUUGUAUCUCAAUAACAAUGAUAUUUCUUCACUAUCGAACAUGUGCUUUAAGACAUUAACUGGUUUGACACUGCUGGAUUUAUCUAACAACAAAAUCGCUAGCAUUGACUUCGACAAGGCGGACCUGACAUAUCUUCAGACCUUGUUUCUGAGAAAUAAUCAACUGGUGCAAAUAAAACACGAACACUUUCAAAGUUUAAGUAGUUUAGCAUUUUUGGAUGUAUCCCAAAACGCCAUUGCCCAGUUGGAACCGAGUUCGUUCGUAUCGUUGAGAAGUCUGAUCAGUUUGCGACUGUCUAAUAACCCUUUGUCGGGGACAUUACAAACUGACACAUUCAAUGGCUUAGUUUCAUUGCCCAGCCUUGAUAUUUCUGGCAAUUUACUGACAACUGUGCAAAACGCAUCAUUCAACGAAAUGAGUGAAUUAAAAGAACUGAACAUGUCACAUAGUAAAAUUAAAGAUUUACAAUAUAACGUUUUUGCUCACACUGGGUAUAUUGAAACGCUUGAUCUAUCGUAUAAUGAACUAGAAUACUUCUCUGUGAACAUGACAGAUUUAGUAGGAUUAAGCGCUCUAUUUUUAAAUAAUAAUUUAAUCAAAGAAAUUUCUUCUACCACAUUGUAUGGAAUAUCAGGCUUAACUAAAUUGAACUUAGCUUCCAACUUAAUAGAAAACAUUCACAAUGAAUCAUUCAACAGUCUGAUUGAAUUGCGUUGCUUAGAUCUUUCCUAUAAUGAAAAACUUCAGUUCAGGAGUACAUUGUUGGAAAAAAUGAAAAGUUUAGAUAUUUUAAAACUAUCCGGGAUCAAAACUGCUGUUCAUUUCACUCAGUUUGACGAAUCAACAAUUACUGAAGUAGAGAUAGCAGACGCAGGUCUAAAUAACAUAAGCGCUUUGAAUCUGAGCGCGUUCACUCACAUGAGUACUUUGGGAUUGAGGAACAAUAGUAUAUCGAGGAUAGACGUAGGAGCUUUCGCAGGAAUAAGCACUCUCAGAUAUUUAGAUCUGAGCUUCAAUAAAAUAUCCUUCAUCCAACCGGGAGCAUUCAAAGACAAUGAACUCCUAUUUUCAUUAAAUAUUUCUCACAAUUACUUAUCAGCUAUCAGUUAUGGAGUGUUUCGUGGCCUCAUCUACUUGGGUACUCUAGACAUGUCAUAUAAUAACAUCAAAGAUUUGCAAAGUGAAAGAUUUUAUGAAGUAAAAAGUUUAACUGAGCUGAUUGUUGAUCAUAACCAAAUUAAUUAUGUUAACGCCGAAGAAUUUUCAGGCUUAUCGAAGUUGAGUAUAGGAGACAAUCCAUUGCCUUGCCACAUUUUAGUAAUACUUAAGAAAAGAGGCGUUCCUUUUGAAAUAACAGCUAUUAAUAUUGAUGAACAUAGUAGUGAAAAUAUUGAUGGAAUAACCUGUAAUAAAGAUCAAGACCGUCCGAUUGUUAAUUCAACAACGACUAUCAGUGACGUCACUGAAAAGAAUGGGGUGCUUUUAGAUAUAAGAAACAUUUUGUAUAAUAUGAGCCAAAAUACUAACGUUCAGGAUAAUAAUGACCAUGCUAUAGAAAACUUAACAAAUGCUAUUGAAAAGUCUAACAUCAUAAUUAACGAAAACUUCGUACAGCUAGCUAACUUGACAUCCAAAGUAAUAGAUUCUAAUAACAAUACAAAUAUGUUGUUGAAGAAAAUAUUGAAUUCAUUGAAAGAAAAUACUGUGACUACUGUUGCCACUACGCCGUCAGUUCUUUUAGGCGUCAAUGGCUCUCAAAAUACAGAUUUGAUUCCAUACAUAAACAAAAUAAGAAAAGAAUUAGAAAAAACCAUAGCAGAUGAAAAGCAAAAUAUUAUGAAUGAAUUGGAAGGUAAAUUCUCUUUAAUUCAAUAUCAUACUGAAGCCAUGCCCACAAGUCCUAAUAACGAGAAAUUAGUUUCAACUACGGAAGCUUCAAAAUCUAUAUUUACGGAGACGUGUGUAGCAUUGAUAUUAUUAAUUUUAGUUGGUUUAGUGUUAUAUAAGUUUUAUAAGUCAAGAAUGUUUGUUAGAAGUCGAAUGUCUUAUAGUACUCGGGAGUUGCCGGGUGCCAUGGACAAUUCAACUCUGUAAUUAAGUUUGGACUAUGCUUAUGAAAAGCUACAUAAAUUGUACUCCAGUAGAAAUAUUGUAAUAGGUACCAAAAUUAGUU